UAGUACAAUGCAAAGACCAAAGAGAUCUAAAAGGCGAUACAGGAAGCUAGAAGAGCGUGAUAUAUGUUAUAUGUCAUAUUUACUCUCUGCAAUAAUCUCAAUAAUAGUUAGAGUUGUAAUUCGAUAAUAUGUCGUCGUCUUCCUGUACAACAAAGUACGAUGUAUUCAUUAGCUUCAGAGGUGAGGACACCCGCGAAACUUUCACUGUCCAUCUGUUUAACGCUCUGGCAAACAAGACAAUCCGAGCAUACAUGGAUUGUCUUCUCCAGAGAGGAGAUGAAGUCUGGCCAGCACUCGAGAAAGCGAUCGAGGGCUCGCUAAUAUCGAUCGUGGUUUUCUCAGAAAACUACGCAACCUCAAAGUGGUGCUUGGAAGAGCUCGUCAAGAUUCUUCAAUGGAGGGAAUAUCACGGUCAGGUUGUUAUACCCGUUUUCUAUAGAACAGAUCCGUCAGAUAUACGGAACCAAAGUGGGAGUUUUGAGAAGGCGUUUGCUAAAUACGAAAGAGAUCUUGCAGAGAGUGAAUCCAACAGAGACAAGAUAAGCAAGUGGAGAGAGGCUCUCAAGAAAUCUGCUAAUAUUUCUGGAUGGCACUCCAGAAACUAUGCGGACGAUCAUGAACUCAUCAGAAAGGUUGUGAAUGAUGUAUUGAAAAUGCGUAUCCUAAAGCAUCCCAUAGUGCCAACAGGCCUGGUUGGAAUUGAAGAAAUCCGUAAAAUUGUUAAAGUCAACAUGAAGCAACACCGAGUAAUUGGAAUCUGGGGUAUGCGUGGGAUAGGGAAGACAACCAUCGCUAAAAUGUUAUUUGCAAAAUCCUUUCCUCAUUAUGACCAUGUUUGCUAUGCGGAAAAUGCAAAAGAAUAUACGCCUCAAAGGCUUCUCUCAGAGCUAUUGAGGGAACGAAUUACCACUGACGCAACAGGGUUUGUCAACAGUAUGAGCAGCCUUAGCAAUAAGAAAGUUCUCAUUAUCCUCGACAAUGUGAAGGAUUCUGAUCAACCAUUGUUAGAAGCAGUUUGCCAAGGGUACAAGAGCCACAGUCGAGAAAGUAAACUUAUUAUAACAACAACACAUAAGCAUUUGCUUGAAAAGAGAGUUGAUUGGACAUUUGAGGUCAAACAAUGGGACGACUCAAAAUCUAUAGAGCUUCUUAGCCUGAAAGCAUUCGAGGAAAGCAUCCCUCCAAAGCCUUAUGAGAUUCUGGUGAAUAAGGUUGUUAAGUAUGCCGGGGGAAUUCCUUUAGCUCUGAACCUAUUGGGUUCAUAUCUUCAAUCCAGAAGCAUUGAGUUCUGGGAAAGUACUUUGGAAAAGCUCCAGAAGCAUCCUAUUAAGCGCAUUCAGGCUGCCUUUACGGAGAGUUAUGAUGAAUUGGAUGACUUAGACAAGGAGAUAUUUCUUGACAUUGCAUUCUUUUUCCAUGGAGAAAAGAAAGAUCUUGUCACAAGCAUAUUAAAAGCAUGUGAAUUCUCACCCAUAAGGGGAAUAGAGAUCCUUCAAGAUAAAGCAAUGAUUACUACUAUUCCAUAUAAGGAAACAAUCGAAAUGCAUGGCUUGCUAAGAGAAAUGGCUUACGAGAUCGUACACGAGGAAAACAGUAAAGACCCUAGAAAACGUAGCCGAUUGAAGGAUACUGAAGAUAUUUGUGUUGUACUCAAAGAGAACAAGAAAUCGCUUGAUGCAAUUGAAGGCAUAAUAUUAGAUUUGUCUCAAAUUAAAGACUUGCGUUUGAGUCCUGACACAUUUAAAAGGAUGAAUAACUUGAGAUUUCUAAAAUUAUACAUCCCCUCGGGUCAGAGUUCUGGUAAUAUGAUCCUUCCUACAGACCUUGAACCAUUUUCUGAUAAACUAAGGUACUUUGAGUGGCAUCAGUACCCUUUCGUUUCUCUUCCACCAAGUUUUUAUGCUAAGUUACUUGUUGAGAUUCGCAUGCCGCACAGCCAAGUCAAGAAACUCUGGGAGGAAAAGCAGGAACUUAAUAAUUUAGAAGGGAUCGACUUAAGUGAAUGCAAAGAGUUAGAAGAGCUUCCAGAUUUGUCUGAGGCUAAAAGACUCAGAUGGGUGAAUCUCUCCGGUUGUGAGACUUUGCCUAUUCUUCAUUCGUCUGUUUUUUCCUCCAACACACUUGUUUCUUUGAUACUGGAUAGGUGUACAAAUUUGCAGUGUGUUAAGGCCGAAAGGCAUUUGAAUUCUCUGCAGCACAUAAGUGUCAAAGGCUGCUCAAAUCUCAAAGAAUUUGUGGUAUCGUCAGAUUUAAUUGAAAACUUGGAUUUGAGCAACACAAAGGUUGAAAAGCUGGACAAAUCAAUCGGGAAAUUACAGAAGGUUGAAUGCCUCAAUCUAGAAGGAUCAAGAGUUAAGCAUCUUCCAAAGGAGCUAUCAGCCUUAAAAUCGCUUAAGGAGUUGAAGCAUUCAUACAGUGGACUAGAAAUUGACAAGCAUCAGCUGCAAGGCCUGUUUAACGGUUUAUCAUCUCUACAAAUACUACAUUUGAAGGAUUGUAGUCACUUGUUUGAAUUCCCUGACAACAUUGAUUCCUUAUCGAAAUUGCGCGAGUUAAGGCUAGACGGAAGCAAUGUGACCUGGUUGCCUGCAACCAUCAAGGGUCUUCAAGAGUUGGAAAUUUUGUCCCUAAAUAAUUGUAAGUUUCUUGAGACACUGCCAGAGCUUCCAUCCUCUAUCAAGGAGUUCUCUGCUGAUAACUGCAUCUCAUUGGAGUCUGUAUCAGCUCUAAACACUCUGGCAACAAAGAUGGUGGGAAAGACGAAACGCAUCUCCUUUAAUAAUAGCUUGAAAUUGUCAGCCGGACACACAUUGCAUUCGAUCAUGGAAAGCAUCCAUUCAACAAUGGUGAGUGCUGUAUCUAGCAAUGUCACGGUAAGAAGCUAUGCAAUUGAUGUCCAUAGCUACAACUACAAUAGUGUGGAGGUCUGUUUGCCAGGAGACACAAUCCCAGAGCAAUUUGCAUAUAAAACGGAGAAAUCCUCCUCCAUAACAAUUGAACUCCCUGAAUCUCCUUCCAAUUUUCUUGGCUUUAUCUAUUCAGUGGUUCUUUCACCGCGUCAUGGAAUGGAGAAGCACGGUGCCAAAAUCCGAUGCGAAUACAACUUUGCAGGAGGCAAGAAUUCUUCGUGGGAGGACAUAACUAUAAGUGAAUUGAACUCAGAUCAUGUAUAUAUAUGGUAUGAUCCAUUCCUCACUGACAAAAUUCUUGGACAAUAUGGGCCAAGUUUUCAUCUUGAGUUCAGUGUUGCAACUGACACAGGGGAAGUUGAUGACUCAAUUAUUAUUAAAGAGUGUGGUGUCCACAUCAUAAAUGAAUUAGAAUUGCAGAGAUUUUUACUGGAAUUAGAUAAGAAGAAAAAAGACAUGGAGGAGGAAUCAUCAGCGCAGCAUUUACACUUUCAUCCACCACAUGGAUCUCAAGAUCACAGCCAUGUCCGGACUCCACCUCAAGACAAGAAGAAAGGAAGAUUUUAUGAGAAGCAGAGCAAUGACAUCGAAAACCAGAUAUCAAAGCGAAAAAGAGAAAUGAAUGAACAAUCAUCUUUUGAUCGGAAAAUUGAAGAGAAGAUGGAAUCCGCUCCCAAUGAAAACAAGACUAGUGGUGGAAAAAGUGAUGAGGAGAACACAAUCAAGGGCAAAGGAAACGAAGAAACACCAACUGAACCUGAUGCUGCAUUACCUCUAUGUAUUGAUUCAGUUAAAAACAAUGUGUUCCAGGACAUUUCAAAUGAAAAUUAUUAUGAUCAGCCAGAUAGUAUGGAAGAGGCCAAACAUUUGGAAGAAAAACUACAAGAAGUUGAUCAUAACGUCCAUGAUAUGACUGCUGAUGAACCAUACAAAGAAAAGCAAGGGGAACCAAUGGAUCUUGAAACAUCUGAAUGUCAAGACCACACUAGCAAUGUAGAACAAACAGAAAAUCUUGGGGAUGCUAAGAAAGUGCAAGAGCUACACAAAGAGAAAAUGAUUGAGCUUGCUCAGCCCAUUAAUUCCUGCAUACCUCCACACGGCAAGAAGAGAGCUCCUAAGUUGACUGUGAAAGAACUCCGCCGUCACUCGAGGAAGGUAGACAAGAAGGCAAAAGUUGAAGGUAACCCUGCAAGAGCAACUCAAGCUACAAAUUUAGCCAUGGAAACUUCUGAUUUUUCCCGUUCGAAUAUUAAAGGCAAAAGAGUAGAUCAUAUCCAUUUAAACCAGGUUCCAGCUCAAAAUGCUUCUACUUCUAUUGCACAAACUCAUGAUAAAAUUACCAUUCCCUCCUUGGAUGAUCCUCAAGUUGCUCUGGAGUUGCUAAAACACUUCGAUGCAUCAGCGAAACGCCUCCAAAUAACAGAGUUUGUGGACAAUCAUGUUCUAUAUCCAUAUGAUCAUUCCAUAACAAAAGACCUUGAUGUUUCGGCACUUUGUCGUUGGCUUCAAGUUCAAGGGCUUCGUUCAGUGAGCGUUGCGAGAUACGCAGAGAUGAAGUUGGAAGCGGCCAAACGGGAAAGAGAGGAAGAAUUAAGACUUGCAAGAGAAGAAAAUGCAAAGUUUGAAGAAGCUUUGAAAAGAAUGGAGGACAGGAUUUCACAUGUUGAAUCGUUGGAGAAAAGAGUUGAUGAUUUGAAUUCGGAGGUGGCUUCUUGGAGAAGUAAAUAUGAAGAAACUGAAAAGUCGCUCAAAGAAACCGAAAAGAAACUUGAAGAUGAGAAAGAUGUAGGAGCUCAGAAAGAAACUCGUUGGAAAAGAAGAGAGAGUGAGCUGAUUACGGAAGCGGCAACUUGCUCGUUUGAAAAUUGCAGAUCGCAGGUUUCCAUUUUAUACCCUGACAUUGAUUUAAGUAGGCUUGGACCUUUCAAGGAGAUUCAGAAUGGGCAGAUAGUAUCGCCCUCUGAUACGGAGGAGACUGAAAGUGAAGAAGACACUAGGGCCUUUGAAGAUGCUGCUCAUGGCGAUGCCGGUGUCUAGUAAAUUACUGUUUUGGUUCAAAAGUUUAAAUUUUAACAAUAAUCUUUGAAAUGAAAAAUGAUAUUUUCGCCUUUCCAAAAAAAUUUCCAAUUCGACAAAAUACAUUAUGAUUCUUGGAGUUAAUACUGAUAAUGGCUGAUGAAAUUUGACCCCUAAUUUUUAAUAGAUCUAAUUUGUAUUUUGAAA